AUGCACAUCGGAAAAUUACUCACUUUCGGACUUCUGUAUGACUGGAAUGUGAAAUUAGUCAAGGAAGCAGAAAUCACAGGAUUCUACGACAAAAGAAGACCAGUGGUUAUUUGGCACGGUUUGGGUGAUAACUAUAAUUCUUCAGGAAUGCAUAGAACUCAUGAAAUUAUAGCUCAGCUCCAUCCCGAGGUCAGUGUUUAUUCUAUACGUCUAGACGAUGACCCUUCGAAAGAUCAACAGGACUCAUUGGUAGGAGACAUAAAUAAACAAUUGGAAACAAUUUGUACUCAGAUAGGCGAAAACAAGGAUUUAUCAGAUGGAUUUGAUGCUAUAGGUUACUCCCAAGGCGGACUUUUACUUCGAGGAUUGGUGGAAAGAUGUUCUGGGGCCAAAAUCCAUAAUCUCAUAACAUUUGGAUCUCCUCACAUGGGGGUCAUGGAUUUGCCUGCCUGUGAAGACCCUAAAGAUUGGGUUUGUAAACGUAGAAACGCUUUUUUAAAGAAACAAGUAUGGUUUAGUUCCAUUCAGCAUAGUGUAGUCCCAGCUCAGUAUUUCAGAGAUCCUUAUGAUUAUGUGAAUUACAUGAAAUAUUCCAAUUUCUUAGCGGAUAUAAAUAACGAAGCCUUAGAUCAUUACAACAAGGUAUACAGUGAUCGAAUGAAGAUGCUAAAUAAGUUUGUUAUGAUUCAAUUCUCUGAAGAUACCACUGUCACACCCAAAGAAAGUGCACAUUUUGGAGAAUUGGAUAUUCAAACAGGGGAGAUAAUUAGCAUGAAGAACUCCAACAUCUACAAGUCAGAUUUUUUGGGUUUGAAAACGCUUGAUUCGAAGGAAGCUUUAGAGUUCUUUGAAUUGGAAGGUCGUCAUAUGUUGAUCCCUGACACCUUCUUGGUUAAUGUGGUCAAUGAUUAUUUGGGAAGUCAAUUUUAG